UACGAGGAGAGCCGAACCGAGCCGAGCCGAACCGAACCGAGCAGAGAGGAGUAAGAGAGGAUCGUUACCUACACGGAUCAUGUCUCUGCCAACUGUACGACAACUUUUUCUUUUGUGUUUUCUCUGGAUUCUUGGAUCUUGGAGCACAGCAGAUUCGAGACCCUUCAAUGGAUGGGACGAUGGGAUAGCAUUCAGAAAGGUUCGAGGCAUUCAAAGUGGUGAUUAUAGUGAUGUCCUGUGGGGACAACAGAACGAGGAGCAGGCCCAGAAUGUUUUCAAAAGAUUCCUGUUUCAUUACUCUAAAGCUCGCAACUCUGUGGGCCCUCUGCAGCAGCUGGAGUCUCAUUCUGUUCAUCCUUUGAUGCGACUUUCCCCCAAGCUGUCCAAGAGGAAAAAUAAGAAAGUUCUACUUUUGAUUCGUGGUCUGCCGGAGGGGAUGUUGUAGAAGAAGAGUCUACAAAACGAGACAAAAAUCAAGAUUAACAGGAGACCAGCAGGCAUCGACUGGUGGAGC